AUGUUUAAAGACAUGGACCUUGCACGGGACGAAAUGGCCUCUUAUAACGCCCUGCUGCGGGAGAGGAACGAACGGCCCAAGAUUGAUCUCAAUGUUAAUGUCAUAUCUGCAACUGCCUGGCCGAGUUACCCGGAUGUGCCCGUCAACAUACCAGACUCGAUAUCUCAAGCCAUCAACAAUUUUGAAGAAUUUUAUAAUAACAAAUACAGCGGACGAAGGCUGCACUGGAAGCACACUCUCGCCCAUUGUCAAUUGAAGGCACGGUUCCCGCUUGGAGACAAGGAAUUGGUUGUAAGCUCGUUCCAGGCUAUUGUACUGCUCCUAUUCAACGACGUUGCCGGUUCCGAAACGCUAUCGUAUGAUGUUAUCAAAAAGACGUCUGGUCUUACGGAUGUGGAGCUGAAGAGAACACUACAGUCCCUAGCAUGUGCUAAAUACCGCGUUCUCCUUAAAAAGCCCAAAGGCAAAGAGGUCAACGAGGGAGACGUGUUUGCGUACAAUGCCAAGUUUGAGGACCAAAAGAUGCGGAUCAAGAUCAACCAGAUCCAGCUGAAGGAAACCAAACAGGAGAACAAGACGACACACGAGCGUGUUGCCGCAGACCGACACUUUGAGACACAGGCUGCGAUCGUACGGAUCAUGAAAAGCCGCAAGACCAUUACGCAUUCAGACCUGGUAGCUGAAGUAAUCAAAGCAACCAAGAAUCGCGGUCAGCUCGAGCUUGGCGACAUCAAGAAAAACAUUGACAAGCUCAUUGAGAAGGACUACAUUGAACGAGAAGAUAACAACCGGUACAAGUAUAUUGCCUAG